AGCGGAGGUUGAACACGUUCGUCAAAGAAUGCCAAGAUGGAAAGCACGAAGCUUCUGUUAUAUCUGUCAUGUCUAUCGAGUCGUUGUCAUUUGACGAUAAAAUAAUGUGGCGAGCGAUCCGAAAAGAACUAGAGGGCAUCGGGAUAUCUGUCGCUGCAUUCGAUGCCAAUAAGAACUUCAUUUUAGAGUGGUUUCGGAAAGCUGUCGAAACCGGAGCUUUCGAUGAACGGCCACCAGAGGAUAAUUCGAACCCCUUCUCAUGAGCCGAUGGUUCUGACGUAUCUACGAGAACUUCUCAAGAAUUCAUCGAUACUGAGGAUAUGAUGCAAGAACAGAAUUCCCGGAACCCUAGUAAUGCCUCUUACGAUCAAGGGCUCCAUAAUCAUUCCAAGUCCAGGGAACAUCCGAGCUUACCAUCUCGAAACCCUGUAACAACAUACUCUGCUCUACUUGGCAAUUCGAGUCCCCUGGUGCUAACGAAAGUCAGGCCGAAAUGACCAGAGAUAUUGCCACAGCUAGCAGCGCCCUUCUCAAACCUAUUGUCAACGACAACAGUCCUACAAAUCCCCACAGGACCCAUUCUUCGGAACGCAAGAUUUCGAAAAUGAAAAUGUUCAUGGCUUGGAUCCUCGAUUUGAACGACGAAUUUGUUCAUGCUUGUGACAGAGAAGACACAAUCACAGCCACUUCACUACUGAGUAGGGGAGCAAGUGUUGAUGCGAGGAGGAGUUAUGGGAAGCGGGGGUCCGACACAGCACUGAUCAGUGCGUGCAGGAAAGGUUCUGUACCUAUGGUAAUAUAUUUACUCGAUAAUGGAGCAGCUAUCGAGGCACAGAAUGAGCGCAGAGAAACUGCUCUGCAAGCAGCAUUUCGGAAAAACAACCAGGCAAUAGUUGAACUCCUCAGCGAGCGCGGAGCAAGUAUGCGUCUUAUCUUAAAUCGAAUAUCUUUUUCCACGUCAGUACCUCCUCAACCGCCUAACCUAACAAGCCUUGGUUAUUCGGUACUCUACGCAAGAAAUUCUUCAAAUCCGACCAUACGAGACAUGGCGAAACUUGUCAUCAGCAAGGGCGGCCCAUCUAUCUGCGGUUCGGAUAUUAAUAACACUUUGGACAUGGCCUUUCGAUGCCUCCAUAGUGUAAAAAACAGGACUACAAGAACACUCGAAAUUAUCGAACUGAUAUUAGCUGUUGGAGCAAACAUCAAUGCUUUCAAGUAUUCGAGCAUUCUUAUCGAGGCUGCAAAGCUGCCUGACUAUGAACCGAUGAAUCCUGAUCAGGAUAUAACGAAGCUCAAAUUGCUUAAGAUGUUUCUUGACCAUGGUGUCGGAAUUGAAACGCGGGACUUGACUGGCUAUACAGCAUUAGACCAUGCUGUAAUGGGCAAGUCUCCCGAAGCCGCUUGCCUACUACUCGAUGCGGGGGCAGUGAACCGAUAUCAGUACUGGAAAAAGCACCCUGUUCCAGAAAGGUGGGACUACUCAGAUUACAGAGAAGUGCUAUUGUAUAGGAAUAUCUGCCAAGGGUACUUGCGCUACCACACCAAGAUGAAUGCUUCCAGCUCUAGUGUCCAUAGCACCAGUCAAGGCCCGACAAUAGGUCGCUUUCAACGCGUGGCUCCAUCCCAGCCCUACGGACCUGACGAUUUUGGCACAACACCGCAGUCGGCACAAGAGCAGCUGCCUUAGCACCCUACUCUUCCGCCGACGACGCCUUAAUGCACUACGUACCAAUAAAUGCCGCCUCUCACCACGUCAUGUUCGAAAUCCCCCACUGGGUGGAAGAAACCGAAUUUGAGUUGACCCCGAAGCAAUAUCUGCAGCCAGUCAAUAUCGUUAUGUUUCAAUCCAAUCAAGUCAAGGAGAUGCCUCAUGGCACUAGUUAGCUACCUGGAGAAAGUACGUCCCGAAGAGAUGCGAAGAAGGUUUACCUCGAGUUUAGAUACGAGGUAAAGCGGCAAAGCCUUCAGAUGCUAGGUCCUUUUCGAUGAGUAAAAUGAAAAGCAAAGACUCUUGAAUCGCAGGACUUGGAGCCAGGGGUGAGCUUGAAUGGAAAGAAAGAGUACGGGUCUUGCUCGAUGUCUGGCGAAGAAAUAUCGAGGCAGUAUUGCCUCAGGUACGCUCAUAUGGACACGGUGGUGUUGAUAAAAUUGAUGGCAGCAUUUAUUACGGUCGUGAUCGUUGAGCG